CGUCACUGUUAUUCUCCACGUGCCUGUGUUGUGGUGAGCAGCAGCAGCAGCUGGAGGGCCUCGAGGCUGGCACACUCCUCUCUCUCACUCUCUCUCCUGUUAGUGAGGACCACUGCCACUAGUGCCACUGAGGGAUGGCACUCACCUGCCACUUGUGAGCCCCAGGAGACAAGUGUACUGCCACCUACACCCUUCAGGGCCGCCUGACAUCACCCUUGUCGAGAUGGCUUUAUCGCAGCCACAUCGGCCAUCGGCUCUCAAGCAGCAGAACAAGAAACACAGGACACUCGGACAUCGUAGUAAGGGAUCAAUUACAAAAUCGAGCAAAGGCCGAAUUACUCAAAAAAUUUUAAGCAAAAAGAUUGUCAAGGAGCUCAGUCGUGAACAAAGAAAAAAUAAAUCGAAGCAGAUACGUGCUCUGAAGCAAGAGACUGUUGCUUUGCGCAAACAAGGGCUGGGCACUGCUAGCAAUCCUCCCUUCCUGGUGACAGUUGUGCCUCUUAGUCCCAACAUUAACCCAAGAAAAAUACUCGGUAUUCUAGCAGCAUGUGACGAAGCUGCUGUAACCACCACUAGUCCUCAGGGAAUCAUGCAUAUAAGCUCUCCACGCUUUAGACAAAGAUUCUCUUUUGUUGUACCUCCAGUGAAUGAUCUAUAUGCGAUAUUGGAUAGUUUAAAGGUAAGCGAUACAUUGAUGCUGCUCUGGCCUGGAGAUGAAGAGGUGGGAGAUGCAGCAGAUCUGUUGUUAAGCUCUAUACUGGCACAGGGGUUGCCCGCUGCUGUUCAUAUAGUGGCUGGUAUUGAGGAUAUGGCACAGAAGGCAGUUCAGGAAAAUCCUCUGGACCAAGACCAAGACAUGAUGGAUACAGAGGACCUGGAAAGAGAGCUGAGUACUCUGCAGGUUCUAGAGAGACCAUCGACACACACAAAGCAUCAUAAGAAGCAUCAUGCUCGGCAGAACCUGACCAAGGAAAUAGAAUUACGUUUUCCUGGACCAGCAAAGCUGCACGGUCUGGAAAGACGUCAAGAUGCACUUUUGGUUUUACGGCAGAUUGGAGCACAAAAACAAAGGCCUCUCUUUUUUAGAGACAAUCGCCCUCACAUAAUAGCAGAGAAUGUGGAAUUUCAUGAAGAGGGUUCAACGGGUACUCUGAAGGUCCAUGGUUAUAUCCGUGGAAGAGUCCUUUCUGUCAAUGGCCUUGUUCAUAUCCCAGGAUGGGGUGAUUAUCAGAUGAGUCGUAUUGUCGUAUCACAUGAUCCACACCCAUUAGAACGUCAUAGUCGGGGUAAGGAAGCAAGUAUGGAGUGUGUGGAGAGUCGUGUAUUAGAAGCUAAUCCUGACUUGCAAGAAAAACUUACAUCUACAAAUGAAGUUGACCCGAUGGAAGGAGAGCAGACAUGGCCAACUGAAGAGGAGCUAGAAGAAGCAGAACAGAGGAGUGUUACUUCCAAGUCGCGUUCAAAACGGGUUCCUAAAGGAACCUCUGAUUACCAAGCUGCUUGGAUCAUAGACAGUGACGAGGAAGGGGGUGAUGAUGAGGAUGAAACUGAAAGUGAGAUGGAUGAUGGGUUUGCCCCAGUGGAUAAUGUGUCGCAGGAUGGAUACGAAUGCCAGGAUGGAGAUGGCGAUGAUGAAGAUAAUGAAGAGUAUGAUACUGUGACAGUCACCGAUGCAGAAGGUGUUAACUAUGACGAAAAAGUUGAUUAUGGUGCCGAGAUGGAUGCCCUCCAAAAGCUGAGAAGUGCGCGAGAAGAUGCCAUGUUUCCCGAUGAGAUUGACACUCCACAGGAUAUACCAGCCAGAGUACGCUUUCAGAAGUUCCGGGGUUUGCAGAGCUUCCGUACUUCUGCUUGGGACCCAAAUGAAAAUCUUCCAGUUGAUUAUUCAAAAAUCUUCCAGUUUGAACAUUUCCAGCAUACUAAGAAGAGAGUAAUUAGUGAAGAGAGGCAGGGUGCUGAGCUUGGUUGGUAUGUGGUGGUACACAUAGCGGAUGUCCCCCGGCACCUGUACGACAACCACGUCGCAAGUCGGUCUCCACUUGCUGUCUUUGGGCUCCUUCCACAUGAACAGAAAAUGUCUAUUGUUAACAUUGUUAUCAAGUCUCAUUCCUUGGGACACUUUCGCGCUAUUAAGUCAAAGGAAAGACUCGUGUUCCAUAUGGGUUAUAGAAGAUUUGCUAAUGCACCCAUCUUCAGUGAACACUCAACAGGAAACAAGCAUAAGUUCUUCCGGUAUUUCCACCCUGGGUCAACGGUCGUAGCAACAAUGUUUGCUCCUAUCACCUUUCCCCCAGCCUCCGUCUUGGUGUUCAGAGAGAGGCCAGAUGGUGCACAGGACUUAGUGGGAACUGGUUCGUUACUAAGUGUUGAUCCUAAAAGAAUAGUGACGAAGAGAGUAGUGCUGAGUGGUCACCCAUUCAAGGUAAAUCGGAAGUCAGCUGUUAUACGCUACAUGUUCUUCAACCGUGAAGAUGUGAUGUGGUUUAAACCAGUGGAGCUGAGGACCAAGUGGGGAAGAAGAGGUCACAUUAAAGAGCCUCUUGGUACUCAUGGCCACAUGAAGUGCCAGUUUGAUGGUCAGCUCAAGUCUCAAGAUACUGUUCUGCUUAAUCUUUAUAAGCGAGUAUUUCCAAAGUGGACAUUUGAUCCGUAUGUUGCCAGACCGCCGCCCCUUUAUACCUUCAAAUCCUCUCAUGAUAUAGAUGACGACUCCAGUUGUGAACAAAGUACUGGUGAACAGCAACCGCCAUUGAAAAAGGCCAAAAUUGUGAAAUUUUUUUCAUCUAGACAAUAAUUUUGUUAGGAAAUUUUUAGACACUUAUAGUAUAUUUAUUUAAAUUAAUAUCCUACUGUUUCCUGUACUCAACACUUUCUCGAGUUUAUUUUGAUUAAAAAUAUUCUAAAAAAUACAAUUGUUUUCAGUCUUCAAAGUUAUUUAUUAAACACAAUGCAACACCAAGUAAAUAGACAUGGUAGAACGUCUUGUAGGUGGGAUCUAGUGAAGCCGAGGUAUAGCACCGGUGGGGGCCACGAUACACACCUUCAUGGAGGCUCAUGAUGCUUCAUAACUGUAUUGAGGUGGCAACUGGUCUUGCUACUUGGCAAGUGCAGGAAAAGUGCAUAAAUCUAAAUUUAUUUAUGCACUUGGGUUAAAGUUCACUAAACAAAAUCCUGCAUAUGGACAUCUACUCUUCAUUGAUCCUGUGUGCUGUUGUCGUAAUAAAACUUUGCUCAUAAUAUUUAUUUUUAUGCCUAUCUGGUUUACUGUAUAUUUUUUUUGUUAUUCAAAUGCCAAUUCGUUCUUGGCCUAAAAUAAAAAUAUACAAAUUUAAA